CUUCCUCCUCUUAUCUCUUGCAACUUUUUCCCCCUUUCCAGUACAACCACUGCCCCUCCGCCGCCACCGCCCUCGCCGCCCAUACCCCACUAAACAACUUUCUUCCUCCCCCUUUCACAUCGCCCGAGGUCGGAUCCCGCCGUCGUUCCGUAACCGAAUCGCAUGUGUCUUCGGCAUUCGGGACUCAUUUCUCGCGGCGGUGUUUGAGCUUUGUCGUCGUCGUCGAUGGCCGGCCGCGAGCUUGAUUCGUCGGAUUGCGGGAAAUUGAGCAUGGAGGAGAAGAGGGAGCUCGUUUACCAGCUCUGGGAUCAGCCAGACGCAGCGGAGCUGCUCCAGGCGUGGAGCCGGCAUGACAUUCUCCAGAUCCUGUGCUCGGAGAUGGGGAAAGAGAGGAAAUACACGGGCCUUACCAAGUUGAAGAUCAUCGAACAGCUGUUGAAGAUCGUCUCCGACAAGAAAUCGUCCUUCAGCGCCGGUUACGACAAGCCGGGGUCGUCGUCUCCGGCGGAGCAGAAAAGCUCCAACAAGCGGCAAAGGAAGAUGGAUGUACCACCGUCUCGACUGCUCCCCGUCACUCCAACCAGCGGCGGCGGAGACGCCCCCAACCAGGCGAACACGGUCUACUGCAAGAACUCUGCCUGUAAAGCCACGAUGAAACAGGGCGAUACGUUCUGCAAGCGGUGCUCGUGCUGCAUAUGCCACAAGUACGAUGACAACAAGGACCCGAGCUUGUGGAUGAUUUGCAGCACCGAUCCGCCUUUCCAAGGCCCUGCUUGCGGCAUGUCUUGCCAUCUUGACUGUGCGCUGAAACACGAGAGCGCGGGGAUUGGAGGGAAAGAUGAGGAAGGAGGAGGACGGCGCGGGAAACUUGAUGGUAGCUUUCGUUGCGCGGGCUGUGGGAAAAUUAACGAUUUGCUCGUGUUCCUGAGAAAGCAACUGAUUGUAGCAAAGGAAACCAGGCGAGUGGACAUCCUUUGCUACCGACUUUCUGUAAGCCAGAAACUUCUGAAUGGGACGGUCAAGUAUCAAGAGCUACUUGAGAUCGUCGAUGAAGCCAUCAAGCAGCUUGAAAGUGAAGUUGGUCCCAUUACCGGUCUGCCUGUCAAGAUGGGCAGAGGCAUCGUCAACAGACUCUCUGUUGGUUCAUCCGUGCAGAAGCAAUGUGCUUCUGUUCUCGAGUUGCUGGACAACUUCCUCACAAGCUUCGUCUCUCCUCCUUUACAGGACCCUGCAGCCCAAGCUGCAGCUGCAGGUUCAAGUUCAAUGUCUUCUCCAAUCACAGUCCAAUUUGAAGAUGCAACCUCAACAUCAAUCACUCUUGUUUUGAGCUCUGAAUAUUCUCCUACAGAACCCAUUGUAGGUUAUACACUGUGGCACCGCAAAGCCUUGGCGGCAAAUUACCCGGCGGAACCGACCUGCAGACUUUCCGUUCCAAACACAACGUAUAUCCUCGCUGAUCUUGACCCGGCUACGGAAUACUGGUUCAAAGUCACUUCCUUCAACAACAGGGAAGAACACCUCGGUACAUCAGAGGUUCAUUUCUCAACAUGUGGCGCUGAAGAUGAAGAAGCAGAGGAGAUCUCUCCAUCAGGAGGGGAAAGAAGCCAGAGCCCUGUAGUCACCAAUUGUAGCAGCCUUUCCGAUCCAUCAUCUGACCUCGGGAAGCUGGAUGCGGAUCAUUCAACCGAGGAGUGUCAAAUAGACGACACCGCUGUCGCUACUGAUACGGAUGUUGCUAGCUUGCCGAUCACUCCUUGCAAGCUGGAAAUGGCCAAGGACAUUGCGGGAAGAAAAAAUCCAAGAUCCAAAGAUGCAGCUGACGAGUCCCAAGAUGGGACCCACUUCCCCUUCCAGCUGGACGAGCGGUCGAACGGGAACCCGGAGAAGGAGUUUGAGUUCUGCGUGAAGGUGAUAAGAUGGUUAGAGUGCGAAGGGCACAUCGAAAAGAACUUCCGCCAGAAGUUCCUGACCUGGUACAGCUUGAGAGCGAGUGCCGAAGAGAUGAGGGUUGUGAAGGCGUUUGUGGACACAUUGAUCGAAGACCCAUCGGCUCUUGCGGAGCAGCUAGUUGAUACGUUUUCGGAGUGCGUUUCUAGCAAGAGAUUGUCUGUUGUGCCGGCUGGGUUUUGCAUGAAGCUUUGGCAUUGACGAUCGUGGACAAAAGUCAAACAAUUCACAGUCUGUUCAUCAGUAGGUCGAAAGCUUUGGACUUGGGAUUAUUUUUCGUUUGCUUUAUAUCUGUUUCGUUGUGAUUGCUUUGGUUCGGUACCCUUUUUUUGAUUGUAUGGCAACUCACCAUUGAGUUGUGAUUUGUAUUGGAGAUGCAGUAAAUUUCUCCUUCUCAUGAUGUAAGGAUGAUAGGAAGCAUAUGGUUGUAUGUAUAUAAUCAAAGUAAUUCAGUAAAUGCCAAAACUUCAUGCAAAACCCACUCA